AUGUCCAUGAAAAAUCGUCCUCAGACGAGCGACUAUAUAAAAUCUGCCAAAGGCGUAUCGUUUUCUUAUGCAGCUGGUUUUAAUAGUUUUCAGAAAGGAACUCUCGGAGAUUCUGAUAGUUAUGUAACGGGAACAUUACAUUUUAAUUAUGGAAAACCUCAGCAAAUUAAGAGUGUUUGUCUUAAUUUUAAAGGUAUUGAAAAAACAACUUGGUAUAAAGCUCAAGCUAGGUCAAAAGCUGUUUACUCGGGUGAACAUACCAUCGUCGAUCUAAUUGAAGAAGUUUGGAAAACUGACAGCCAUGAGGGUGGUAUCAUGAAUUUGGAAAUUCCAUUCAAGAUCAAACUUCCUCCUAAUCUACCCGAUACAAUUGAAACUGAGAUUGGAAACAUUGAAUAUAUUAUUCGUGCUGUUAUUACUCGUAAAGGAAGUUUGGUAUUAUCGGCUUCAACUCAAGUUGUUGAAAUUAAAUGCCAUUUAAAAAGAACUUUAAUUUUAAGUGGCUCUGAUAAUGUUCCUUAUAAAUUACGUGGUGAAUCCAGAAGUGGUAUCGAUUAUCUCUUUAGUUUACCUCCGAAAAAAAAUUUUAACCCUGGAGCUUAUGUUUCUAUCCCUAUGAGAAUUCGAUUCGUAAAACCAGGUGUUAGUGUCGAAAGAAUUGAGAUUGCUUUAAAAACUUGCAUGGAUUUUAGAUGUAGUAUUCCAAGUGAAACACGUCAUGUCAAAGAAGUUGCUACUUCUUUAUUAAUUCCACGUCAAGAUCUUAAAUAUAAUCAACAAUCUUCCGCCGAUUUUGAUGGUGAAUGCACGCAUACUAUUAAUCUAUUUGUUCCGCGUAACGUCCAACCAACUUAUUCCGGACGUUAUAUCAGCAUUAAUCAUCAACUUAUUGUAAAGUUUUGUUUAUGGGGUGCUGAUAACGAUUUUCAAGUAGAAGAAAGUAUAAGAGUUACGAAUGUUUUCGAUCAACAACAAAGUAACGGUCAAUCUUCUUCUCAUUCCAAUGUUUCUCCAACUUAUCAAAGAAAUAAAUCUCCCGAAGAACUUAACGAUACAACCGCUGAUGCUUAUUUUACGGAUGAAUAUGACCGCGGAAUCGGAACUGCAAUAUAUUUAAAUCCAAUUGAACAAGCUGAAAAAGGUUCUAUUUAUUCUGGUCAUUCUAGUCGUCCAUCACAAAAUUCGGUAAAAAUUGUUACCGAUCCAGACUCUCUACAAUCACCACCAUCAUAUCCUGAAAUUCCUAAUCUGCAUUAUAACACUUCAAUAAAUAGUGAAUUAGCACAACAUAAAACUUUAUACAAACCCACAUCAGCAGAUGACUUAACCCUUCUCUCUAAAAAAGCUUAUAGUUCAGCAACUAAUCAUAUAAUUAAUAAUUAUACUUCAAAUGAUGAUCAAUUUUAUUCAUAUGCUUAUGAUGAUGAGGAAGACAUAGAUCCUUCUGCAAUAAGCAAUACCGAUUUAUUACUUCGACAAAACAUGCAACGUUUGGCUAUAGCUCAUCAUCAACAACAACAACAAAUUCUUUAUAAUCAACAAAAUCCUAUAUAUGUUGCACCAAACUCACCUCCAGUCCGCCUUGCACCUCUUCCUGCAAUACCUAUUAAUAUGAAGAAGCAAGGUAAAACUGGUGUGAUUUUAUCUCCCACCCCUCGUAUGCCAACUGGGAAUGCCAUCAUGAAUCUUAACGCUAGUGUCAAUAACAAUAAAUACCCUCCUCCUUACGGUCCUCCUCCAUCUGAACGUGGUCAACCAGUUGUUUAUACUCAAAUACCACCACCGAAUUCUUCAAGAAAACAACAUCAUCCAUCUCCAACAAGACCCCCAGUUACUGCUCCACCAUAUUAUCAAGGUGGACAGAAACAAAUAAUUGAUGAAAAUGCUUAUUAUUAA